CGAUCCCGCGCUCUCGCCCGAUCUCCUUCUCUCCCUUUGCCUCCUCUCGUUCGCGUUGCGAUCGUUACUCCGAGAGCGUCCGCGAGCGAGGACCCGCGGCGGCAGGUGGAAAGCCCUCUCCCGACGCUGCUGUCCGUUCUGCUGUUUCCGACGUGUGACACGAACACGCUUCGUGUUCGACGCUCCCGCGACGCCUGUCAUCGGCGAACGCGUCGUCGCCAGCGUGCGGAUGCUGCGCGGCGAAAUAGGCAGCGUCCGAAUAGCAAUCGCGAGGAUACGUUGACGUUGCACGAGACCGGGAUACGCGUUGACGUUGCGAGCGUGUAUAGGGGAACUGUGCCGCGAUAUCGAGAAAGGACUUCUCACGGGAGUGCGAAACGAGACAUUGCGCUCACUGUGAAAGAUCUAAAUGAUAAUCGCAUCUCGAAUGCAUUACGUAUCGAACGACUGAGAUAAAUCGAAAAAGCGUGCUCCGAGACUGUGUCUCGAUUGUGCUCCGAUAACGAAAUGCCUGAGAUGAGUCAGUGUGAACGUUUUGUGACUGGAAAAUCUAAAUAACGGCCGUAAUCUGAAACAAAAUUUAUUAUUCUAAUCAAGGAGCUUAGAUUAGAUGGAUAUUUAACAUUCCAACGAAAAUCCACUUCAAGAUAAGCCAGAUCAAAACGGUCGAGACAGCAAGUUCGUAACUGCGAGAGUAGGAUUGAAGCGAUAUCGGGAUAAGUAGUUAGAUUAAGACGUCUAAUCUUCGAAACGAAUCAAGACGGAUAACGGCCAAUCUGCGAUAUCCAUCCCGAGACAAGACAAAUUGGCGGUGCGGAUCAGUUGUGUGCGGAUAGCGAGUUCAAGCUGACGAUCACGCAGGUUUAAUAGGAUAACGCGCUUAAGCAGCUUGGGAUCGCGAGGGAUCAACCGGCUUAAUUUUUGGAGCGAAUUCGCGACGGCGUGUUGGAGCAGGGAACGCGCAUCCAGAGACGAAAAAUAAAUAAGCGCGAGCUCCGGAGACUUCGAUAAACUGCAGCGGCAGCGAAACGAGCGCCGCGAUUAUUGCAGUACAAAUUCGAGAAUCGAGACGUAGAUAGCCAGAUAGCGCGAGACAACGAGCUGUCGCUACCGCGUGUCCUCAUAGAGUCGUAUUCAACACGAAACGAGACGAGUCUCUCGGCGACGCGCGAUCAGCCGGUCGUUGCACUUCGCCUGCUCGCUCCGGUAAAUCUCCUACAAACGCCUCCUCGCGAUAUACCGUUACCACCACAACACACACCGGAUCGGACGAGGCCUCCGCCUCUCGUGUAUACGUGCGCGCGUGAAGAGGCCUGCUCCAUACCGACCAGUACGAACCGGAUACCCAAUUCCGCUCUUCGAACGUCGAACGAGGACGCGCUCUCCGUGCGAGCUUGUAUUUACUUUUUGGUAAGAAGUUACGAAAUCGGAAUUUAGGAGGAGCCUAAACGCGCCGAGCCAGCUGUCAAAAGGAAUGCUCACGAGGCGGCAUUAAAUUGUACAAAGCCGCCGACAGUUCCCCUGGGCCAUCGCGACAAGACGACGGCGAUAAGCCGAGCGGACAUCGAGUGACAGGAAGGAGCGGGUGAUUUCAGUCCCCCCCCCCCCCUCAGAGACAUCCGGUAAACUAACUAGUAACUUGAACGGAGUGAAAAAGUGCCGAUUGGGAGGAGGGUAGCCGGGCGAUACACGGGAAGAUUUCUGCCGCCGCUAUGCGCACACUGACCGAAGCGAUGAAGCAUCGCGCGAUCAGCUGACUAGUCGAGUUGUUCGGCGGCCGCACCGCUGAUAAGGAUAAUACUCGGGACAGGCAUUCGCAGCGACGCCCGCCGCCCACUUGCUCUGUCAUGACAUUUGGCACGCCGUUCCACACCGAGAAAUCGCAAUUGGCCAGCGAGAAUUCCGCUCGGACCGGCAGCAUGGCAGCUGAAGAGGGAAUGCUGGGUGGUGGCCUGGGCGCGAAAUUGAAAUGCCCGACGCCCAUAUCGCGGUUGAGGGUGGAGAAGAUCGAGGGCGGCCUGAUGGUGGCCGGCGUGGUAAUAGCGGCGAACUGCCAGAUCGCCCUUCCGGCGUUUGGCACUCUCUUCAUGCUCGUCGGCGCCGUACUCACCGCUGCUUCUUAUCGCGGCCCCGGCGAGGACGAGGACAAGAACUCGUACGCCGCACGAAUUGCCUUUACCGGCAAUUCCCGUAUCUUGGGGCCGAUCUGCAUAGUUGUGGGCGCCCUUAUGCUCGCGCUCGGCGUACUGCUCUGCAUGCUCACGAGACGGGCGAGGCGGAGGGAGCGCAGGGUGGGCUUUCACUGUCCGCUUCACGGGGAUUUCUACCCUCUGAGUCCGGUCCAAGGUAUCAAGAUGCUCGGGGUAUCUGGCAAGGACGUAAGCGGAUGGCCGAAGAUCCCGUGUCUGAAAGGCCGCACGUCUAGCAAAGGCGGAAGCGGCACGGGAGGACCACACGCAGGUCCGCCGCAAUGUCCGCACUCCGUUUUGAGCAGCACCCGCAGCUCGGUGAGCAGCUCUCCUUUGAGCCCGUGCCCGACCCCCAUGCCCUUCCUGGUGACUUCGGGCUCCGUCAGUAGCGGCAUGGUGCAAAGCGUCGGGGCCAAUUUAUCGCCGGACCAGACAUUCGGAUCGAUCCGGUCGCUCUCGGUGACGAGGGAAGUCGCCAGCUUCCCCCUGUCGCGAACGCCCACGCCGCCCCCGCAGCACAGACCGUCGGCAGUGCUGGCGACGAAUCCCGAGGAGCUGGGCGUCGGUAGCCCUCUGAGGGAGGCCUCACCCAGGCCGGAGGUGCGCGUGGUCGCGCCGUCCCAUCGGCCACCACCGCCGACGUCCGCCCUGGCCGCGACGAACGGCGGCCACGUCUCCACGGCGAGCCGCAAAUCCGUCAGCAUACUGCUACCCGAGCAGAGCAGCGGAUGA